CACAGAGAUUUGGCCGCAAGAAAUGUUUUGGUCGGAAAUAAUAACACAAUAAAAGUGGCCGACUUUGGGUUUGCGAGGGAUGUGGUCGCUAAUCAUGUUUAUGAACGCAAAUCUGAGGGUCGAUUACCAAUCAGAUGGAUGGCCAUCGAGUCUCUCAUAGACUCCAUAUUUACAACCAAGAGUGAUGUCUGGAGUUUUGGUGUGUUGAUGUGGGAGAUCGUGACACUGGGAGGCACUCCAUAUCCCGGUUUAGCGGCGGCUGAAGUGAUAAAAUACGUGCGCGAAGGCAACCGACUAUUAAAGCCCGAGCACUGCAAACGCGAAAUGUAUAAUAUUAUGUACUAUUGUUGGGACAGAGACCCCAAUCAGAGGCCAACGUUUACACAAUUAGUUGAAUAUUUAGAUAAACUCUUAAUUAGUGAAAACGAUUACAUAGAGUUAGACAGGUUUCCCGACCACUCCUACUAUAACACCAUCCCUGACCUGACGGGAGAGAAAUUGUGA